GGCGCGCUCUGAGCCCCGGGAGCAGCGCGGCGGGCGCGGCGCAAAGUUAGCCCGGCGCCCCGGGACGAGCGCUGCAACAGCCGGCCGCCCCUGGACCCCACCUCGGCCAUGGGCGAGCAUCCUAGCCCCGGCCCCGCAGUGGCCGCCUGCGCCGAGGCGGAGCGCAUCGAGGAGCUGGAACCUGAAGCCAAUGAGAGGCUGCCCGCGGCGCCGGAGGAUCACUGGAAAGUCCUGUUUGAUCAGUUUGACCCCGGGAACACAGGCUACAUCAGCACAGGCAAGUUCCGGAGCCUUCUAGAGAGCCACAGCUCCAAGCUGGACCCGCACAAAAGGGAGGUACUCCUGGCCCUUGCCGACAGCCAUGCGGACGGGCAGAUCUGCUACCAGGAUUUUGUCAACCUGAUGGGCAACAAGCGUUCCAACAGCUUCCGCCAGGCCAUUUUGCAGGGCAACCGCAGGCUCAGCAGCAAGGCCCUGCUGGACGAGAAGGGGCUGAGCCUCUCACAGCGGCUGAUCCGCCACGUGGCCUAUGAGACCCUACCCCGGGAGAUUGACCGCAAGUGGUACUACGACAGCUACACCUGCUGCCCCCCACCCUGGUUCAUGAUCACAGUCACCCUGCUGGAGGUUGCCUUCUUCAUCUACAAUGGAGUAUCACUGAAUCAAUUUGUGCUGCAGGUGACCCAUCCUCGUUACCUGAAGAACUCCCUGGUCUACCACCCCCGGCUCCGAGCACAGGCUUGGCGCUACCUGACAUACAUCUUCAUGCAUGCAGGGGUAGAACACCUGGCACUCAACGUGGUGCUGCAGCUGCUGGUGGGGGUGCCUCUGGAGAUGGUGCACGGAGCGACCCGCAUUGGGCUUGUGUACGUGGCCGGUGUCGUGGCAGGGUCCUUGGCUGUGUCUGUGGCUGACAUGACUGCACCGGUAGUGGGCUCUUCCGGAGGGGUGUAUGCCCUCGUCUCUGCCCAUCUGGCAAACAUCGUCAUGAACUGGUCAGGCAUGAAGUGCCAGUUCAAGCUGCUGCGUAUGGCUGUGGCCUUGGUCUGUAUGAGUCUGGAGUUCGGGCGGGCCGUGUGGCUCCGCUUCCACCCGUCGGCCUACCCGCCCUGCCCUCACCCGAGCUUCGUGGCACACCUGGGUGGUGUGGCCGUGGGCAUCACCCUGGGCGUGGUAGUCCUGAGGAACUAUGAGCAGAGGCUGCAGGACCAGUCGCUGUGGUGGAUUUUUGUGGCCAUGUACACCGUCUUCGUGCUAUUCGCCAUCUUCUGGAACAUCUUUGCCUAUUCUCUGCUGGACUUGAAGCUGCCACCGCCCCCAUAAGGGGCUGAGGACGGAGGAGGUGGGGAGGGGAGGGAGAAGCAGCAUCCAGAGGGAGCACCUGGAUCUUUUUCUCAUCACCAGCUCAGUGAAGCCAGAGAGGAAAGGCAAGGACUCCGCUGCUACUGCGAUGUUUGUGUUUUGAUACGGGCACACGGUGGGGCCUCUUUUUGAAAGGCACUGGAGGAGG